UAAGAGUGAGAUGGAUAUAAUCCCAGUCGGUCACAAUCUCGCACCCUUGUAAUUGUAAUCUACUCGACCUUGUUUAUUAAUGGCGACCAGUGCUCCUCAGAGACCUCCGAUCAUGAUCCCCAGUUCUAAAUACAAGUUGGGUUCGGGCCAGUGUAGUUCAAAACAGCAGUCUCAACUUCCCACAUUAGUCCCUCAAGAGAAUCGCCAACAGAGUAUGAUUGUGAAGAGAAGAGAGUUGAUGUUGGGUUUGAGUAUGGUUCCAGCCAUUGCAAUGGAGCCUCUGCCUUCUGUAGCAAGGGAGGUUCUUGUGGGCUCCUAUCUCCCACCCUCAACUUCCGACCCUUCUUUCGUUCUCUUCAAAGCCUCUGCUAAAGACACUCCCGCUCUUCGCGCAGGAAACGUGCAGCCUUACCAGUUCAUCCUUCCCCCGACAUGGAAACAGACACGUGUAGCGAACAUACUAUCUGGAAAUUACUGCCAGCCAAAAUGUGCAGAGCCAUGGGUGGAGGUAAAGUUUGAAGAUGAAAAACAAGGAAAGCUUCAGGUUGUGGCUUCACCUUUGAUACGCCUGACCAAUAAGCCUAAUGCAUCCAUUGAAGAUAUUGGAAACCCUGAAAAGCUGAUUGCUUCUCUUGGACCUUUUGUAACUGGGAACACCUAUGAUCCUGAUGAGCUUCUUGAGACCAAGGUUGAGAAACGAGGCGAUCUCACGUACUACAAUUAUGUGCUGGAGACUCCAUUUGCACUGACAGGUUCCCACAAUCUUGCAAAGGCCACAGCUAAGGGAAACACUGUUGUCUUAUUUGUGGUUAGUGCAAAUGACAAACAGUGGCAAGCAUCUCAGAAGAUUCUAAAAGCCAUGCUUGAUUCCUUUGAGGUUUAGUUAGUUCUUUCGCAUCAUUGCUGGAUAAGAGUUGAAAUUUGAUAUUCUGAAACACUUCUUGCGAUCGAG